AACUGAAACACACAGAUUCUUUGGCCGGAGUUGAUCUUUUUAAUCCAUAUAACUACUGUUUUUCAUGCUAGUCGAACUUUACCAAUCCUUUGGAAUGAAUGCAGAAUUAAUUUGGGUGGAAUAAAAAGUGUAAAUUGUAUUUUGAGUUGUUUCGUUUCCUCGUGCAUUCGGUCAAAGAUGUAAUGACAGAGGAAUUAACCAAGUUUAUGAAUUGCAUCAAGAGGCGACUGCACUCGAGCGAUCGAGACGAGGGAUCGGGAAUGUGUUUCUGCUGUCAUGAUGGCAUCCGAAAAUCCUGAAAAAUAUGUCUUUCCCGGACGAGAGGGAAAACUGCCUAUUAUAACAGUGGAUGCUUUCACCGACAAGCCUUUUGCUGGCAAUUCAGCGGCCGUCUGCUGCCUCGGCGAGGAUAUUCCUGAAGAAACAAAGAUGAAGAUUGCCGCCGAAAUGAAUCUAUCAGAAACUGCUUAUCUACAGACUCUUGUGCCAGGCGAAACAUUUCAGACUGCAACCCACCUCAGGAUUCGUUGGUUCACACCCACCCAUGAAGUGGACCUGUGCGGCCAUGCCACCUUGGCUUCAGCUGCGGCGCUAUUCUAUGUCGUGGGCAACCGCAAUGAUGCAGUGCGAUUCCAGUCCAGGAGCGGCGAGUUGAUAGCCAGGCGGGCAGGGGCCUACAUCGGCCUGGACUUCCCGCUGAAUAUGCCAUCACCAGAGGAUAGGGCCCCUCUAGCACAGCUUAUUCAGGCUACCCUUGGCCCUAUCACACCUGUCGAUGUUCAGUUUACUCUGGGAGCAAACCAGGAACUUCUUCUCCGCUUGCCUGACUCUGCAACUAGAGAAACUUUGGAGAGUCUGCAGCCCGACUUCGGAGCCAUGAUGGCCGCUCCCAAUCCUCACGCCAAAGUCAAAGGUGUCAUCGUCACCCUGAAGGGUAACCCUGGCAACGGGGCCAUCGAUGCCGACGGCAAGCAGUACGAUUUCGUCUCCCGUUAUUUCGCCCCCUGGCACGGCCUACCCGAGGACCCAGUCACAGGCUCUGCACACACCGUCUUGGCUGGUUACUGGGCAGAGCAACUUGGCAAGAAGGAACUCUAUGCUCGUCAGUGUUCCAAGAGGGGUGGAGAUAUUCAAAUAAGGGUGCGUGAUGAUGGGCGCGUUGAUCUGCUGGGCAAAGCGACAGUAGUUCUACAGGGAGAAAUUACUCUUUAAAGAGUUCCUUUGUGAGCCUCAAACUUCUCCGAAUAGUGAAGUUUCAUAUUUACACCUUAAUUUAGGGCUUUUCAGGUAAAUUGCAUCAAACACUUGGCAAAUAUUGUCUUGUCUUGUAAACAUGAAGAAGUGCAGAUUGUAGUUGGUCCAAGAUAAAUGAUCCAGUUGUUAGGUUUUGGUUGUCAGCCCAUGCAAAUAUUUUCAUCCAAUUUGAGUAUUAAAUUGAAUUUUAAGAUUUACUUUUCAUAAACCAUUUUGCCUUUUUUUUUUGUGGAGAACUAUUUUCUUUUUUUCUCUUCAUUGCAUUUGUCCCUUUACGUGAUUGCAGACAUAAGACCCUUUUAACUGAAAUAGGCGAAAUCAUUCAGGUAUUUUGUUCAAAGAAGUUUACAUUGUGUCAAUGGAAUUAAUAUUUAUGAGAUCAGAUAUUACAAAGUUGUAUGAUGAUGUUUGAAGAUGGAUGUCUUUUAGACUUUCGGUUCUCAAACUUACAAUAAUCGUUAUGAUUUUCAUAAAUUUAUAUACUUCAAGAAAGGGAAACUCAACUGAUUUUGCUCGUACCACUCUUUUGAAUGAAGUAGUACAUAGAAAGUUGUGUGGCAUAUCUGGCACUGGCAUUUCAAAUGAAACAGCAAACCAAAAUCUCUGAAAUAAAAUACAGAUGUUUAUUUCUCUUAGAAAAA